AUGGCCAACCCCAGGAUAAUGACCUGGGACCCAACCCAAUUCUUCCGGACGGAAGAAGGCCUUCCCCCGAGUCCCUACGCCCUGCUCAUCCUCAACCAUCCAAUCAACGAGAGAGCAUAUGAUGUUUUACGAAAGCAUGCACUAACAACCGUCUGCGCCGACGGCGGCGCCAACCACUUCUACGAGAUGAUGAAAGCGCGGGGGAGAGAGGAUGUAGAUCACCCCACCACCAUAAUCGGCGACCUUGACUCCAUCCACCCACACAUAAAAUCCCACUACCAGUCCCACGGAGUAAACGUCAUCUACCACCACGAUGACUACAGCACCGAUUUCACCAAAGCGCUGCGGUACAUUCGCGCCAACACCAGCGAAAUCUUAUCCUCAUCUGCUGCAUCAUCCACCCCUGACCAUGACCAAGCAAACAACACCCAUCAACAAUACAAUCAAGAUGACAGUCUCUCAAUAUUAAUCCUCGGCGGCCUCGGCGGCCGCGUCGACCAGGCAUUCUCGCAGAUACAUCAUUUGUAUUCUAACUCUACUAUUCCCUCCUCCCCCUCUUCUAGUUCUUCUACUGAGGAAGGACGGAAAAGAGGAGAAGGGGCAUUAUACCUCGUCUCCGAAGAAAGUAUCACGUUCAUUCUGCAUCCGGGGAAGAACGUCAUUCGCACGCCGGGGGUUAAGAGGGGUGAUAUACCAUCGUCGUCAUCAUCUUCGUCGGACUCAGGUGGUAUCAAGGGAAGGGAAGAAGAAUAUCUCCUUGAAGAAAACGUGGGCAUUAUCCCCCUCUCCGGGAUGGAGCGGAUCACGACAAAAGGAUUCCAGUGGGAUGUGGAAUCCUGGGAGACGGAGAUCGGGGGCCAGAUUAGUACGAGUAAUCAUAUCCGGGCGGAGGAGGUGGAGGUUACGGCUGGGGGAGCGGUGUUGUUUACGGUGGAGUUGGCGGGGAGGUUUAAGCGGAUUUCUUCUUAA